UCUAAGCAACACUUGACUUAUGUAGGUAACUAAUUAAGAGCAGGCCAAUAAAUGAUUCAUUCAAUACUUUACCUCAGACCCGAGUAGACGUCUCUACAUUUUGGCGACGAGAAUAAAAGUAGAAAAGGCUUACAUCAAUUCGAACGCUUCCUGGAAAAUUCUAUUCCGAUUUAUGAAGAUGGCGUGGCCUAUGGUCAACCAACUGAUUCCGCCGUUCCUCGAGGAAGCUGAGGGACCAGUCUCUGCACGUUGGGAAAAAUGGCGUGAACAGUUUGAGGCUUAUCUGGCAUGGAAAGAUGUGGACGAUCAAGAAGCGAAAUUCAAAACCCUUAUGAUGUUCGGUGGACCCGAUAUCCGAAAUGUAGUGAAACAAGUUGAAGUCGAUGAAAAACACGCUGUGGACAACCGUUAUCACGUUGCGAUGUCAAUCCUGGAUGACUAUUUCAUACCAAAACUAUCAAAAACGUAUGAGCGCCAGAAAUUUCGCGAAAUGAAACCAACAGCCGGUGAAAAGUUUGACACGUUUGUCAACCGUCUGAAACGACAAGCAGCCUUCUGCGACUAUGGAGACCAACUAGAAAGCAUGGUGGUGGAUCAAAUAAUAACCACCACGGCGGACAAGAACCUGAAGCGUAAAUGUCUGGAGAAGGAUUACAAAUUCGAGGAGAUUGUUAAAAUUGGUCGCACCCACGAGUCAGUUCAAAUGCAGAUGAGUGAAUUGGAUAACCGGAAUGAAGCUGGUACUCUACAAGCAAUCAGUAUUACUGAGCCAGAGAAGAAUGAAGAUAUGGUUUUAAAGUUACGCUCUCGACCCGGUGGACCUCGGCGUUUCAGAUGUUUUCGAUGCAAUGGAAGACACGAUCCGAAAAGUUCAUCGUGCCCGGCCAGAGAACUGGAAUGCAGAAGCUGUGGGCAACGAGGGCAUUUCUCUCGAUGUUGCUUCCUGAAACGAAGAAAGCCAGUCAAACAACUAGCACAACCACCCCAUUUCGAAGCUCAUCAGAAAGUCAAGAGAUUCGUACGAGAAGUAUCUAGCGGCAGCGGAAACAUAACACAAGAUGUGGUGGAUCUUUUUCACCUCGGCACUAAGGGAAACCAAAUAUCAGUAUCAGUCGGAGGAGUCUGGGUUCAAUUUGUGAUCGACACUGGAGCAGAUGAGGAUGUCUUGAGCGAAUCGGACUGGAUCAAGAUAAAACAAACUGGAUUUGACGCAUACUCUAUUCGAAGAGGAAGCACAAAAGUAUUCAAAGCAUAUGGCUCGAACACACCGUUGAAGAUCCUAGGCGAAGUUGACUCGACUGUUGCGGUUGACGGGAAAACCAUCGAUACUACGUUAUACGUAAUCCAGAGCGGCAAAUGUUCACUUCUCUCGGGUGAUACAGCAAUAAAACUUGGAUUGAUCAAAUUUUUGCGGACAGUUGACAAAGAAACAUUUCCACAUAUUACAGGUAAGUAACAAUUUAAUUAAAACUUGAAUAAACCAAUUCUGAAUUCCAUUUAUGCUCAGGCAUUGUUGCAAAUAUAAAAAUUGACAAAAAAGUUCCUCCAGUCCGCCAAAGCUUACGUCGCAUACCAUUUCCGCUUGAAGAAAUGACUUUGACAAAACUUAAACACUUAGAAAAGCUAGACAUUAUUGAGCG